UUCCGAAGGCCUAUAAACGAAAUGUGUAGUUGGCUUAUUGGCUGCGAAUGUAGUCGGUCGAAGUUUUUCGACUUAUAAACGAAGUUUUCUUCAGGAGGAUAAAAGACGCAGUUGCUGUGUCUGCGGCCCUGAGCGACUAUGUCAGUGUCAGUUCAUCUCCCUUGAAUGAUGCCCGGUUUCAGACAAAAAGUGGCUGGUUUCAUCCGUCAGCUGUCCAACCAGCAGGAAAACCGUACACUCGAAAGGAAGCAACCGUCCUCUCCGAAGAACAACGAAUGCUUUAUUCAAAAAUAUCUCAACGGUCAUGAAACAGGCAGAGAUGAACCUAAGAUAAUACAUGGGCAGACACCACAGCAGUUGCCACCAAAGGCCAUCGGAAGCUUUUCCAAGCCGGUCAUAUCUGCGCUGACCGGACCAAAUGGUGGUUUGACUACGGUAAAUCGUAAACGACGGCAUCUAUCAAUAAGCGAUCCUGAUGUUAGAUUUAUCGACACAACAGAUGAAGACACCCCAUCAGGGACAAGAGAUGCUAACAGCAACACGUCCACAAUUAACUGUAACCUUCUUGGAGAUGAAUUCACGGGGAGUAGUAUUCCUCUCCAAAAGUGUGAGAGCACACCCAAUGCUAGGGACUUUAACUGCGGAGAGCCGGUCGCAGGGGUUAUCAAUUGGGAACUUCCAACAGCCAGCGCCUACGGGAAAUCUGUCUCUCUGUAUGAGAGACAUCCUGUGACUGGAGUGCCUGCCGGAGAGCCAAUCGCUGACUGCUUUGCCAUCGUCGCCAGGCGAGACAGCGCUAUUCUCUCCCUCGCCGAUGGCGUCAACUGGGGACCCAAAGCAAGCCUCGCCGCCAAGGCAGCUGUCCACGGAUGCGUAGACUACCUCAACCAAGCCGUUUACAACCACAGGCUUGCUAAUACCACCGAUGCUUUUGUCGCCCUCCUUCGUUCCUUUAAUGCAGCGCACAAUUUAAUUUUGGAGGAAAAAGGAAUGUUGACAACGUUGACUGCGGUACUUAUCCUCCCACUUACAUCACCGUCGCGUUACAUCGCCUGCGCUUGCAACGUCGGCGAUAGCCUCGCGUACGUGUACAGCGCCAAAUACGGUGUCAGAGAAAUAACACAAGGAUCGCAUGAUGUGCAUAGGAUGAGGGACAUGAGAGACGCCAUGGGCGCCCUCGGCCCCGUUGAUGGUACAAAUCCAGAAUUAGCAAAUUUGACAUGUGCCAUGACAGAGGUGGAAGUGGGUGAUAUUGUCUUCAUUACAUCUGAUGGCGUUUCGGAUAACUUGGAUCCAGUCGUUGGCAAAUUUACAGGUUUAAGUGGAGUCGAGGCAGAACAGAGGCACAGACUGGGUUUGCUCAGGAUAGACGAUCUUCUUAGGCAUGGAGUAUCUGGUCACGGUCCACCUUGUUCCACCGCAAGGGGCGUUGUGGACCUAAUGAUCGAUUUUGUGACUAGGUUAACCUCUGCGAAACGUAGACUCCUGGAAGACGCGGACCUCUACUCAGGAGGUGGUGGCGAAGGUCAAGGGAGGGCAAAACGAAAACAAAUGUGCGGUAAGCUCGCCGCCGUACCAGGGAAAUUAGACCAUGCUACUGUCGUCGCUUACAAAGUGGGGCAGUUAGCCGAUUAAUAUCUUUUACCUUUUAAACUUUUGUUUUGUUAAUUAUAAUUUUUCAUAUAUGGAACAUUCGGCUAAUAAAAAUUCAUUCCUGGCUACAAUCUUAAGUGAGAGUAGUUAUAUCAAAAUUAUAGUAUUAUAUCUUUUAAAAAAAAGUGUUAUUUUAAGGAUAGUUUAGGCGCACAAUGACACCCAGUUUUUAAAAAAUGAAGUUAUUGUUCUGCAUUAGGCAGAUUUGUUCAUAUUUAUUUCAAUUAGGUGGAAUCAUUUUGAAUUUUUGUUAGCUUAAAAAGUCCAGGGAAAAAAUCAUAAGAGCUUUUUAAGCAUCAUAUAGUAUUCUAACGUUAUGAGAUUGUAAGAAGAUGGUGUAAAAUGUAAGUUAAAUAAAGAAUAAAUCUAGAAAUUUGAACAUCUAAAAAUGCAAUCUAGAAAUGACUUUAUAGCUAGUCUGUUCUAUAAAAACAGCUUAAAUUCAUACCAAAUCGUCGUCAUACCAAAAAAAUUAACCUUUUAUUAUAUUUGACAUUCUGUGUUAUUUUUUGAUUUGCAAAUUAGUAAUGGAGUGAAUAACAACUAUCAAAAUUUGUGCCUAUAUCUCUCGUUAAUUAUGUAUUUAAAAAAAAUUAUCCGUCUUCUUAACGUUUUCCAUUUAGUACAGACUAGAUGGUAGUAAUUAAUGUUAACAGUAGUAAUUAAAAUUGGUGCUGAAUAAAUAUUAAGUGAAAAUAUUUUUACAUAAUUUUAAAUAGCAAAGUUAACAAUAGUCCAAGUGUGACUUGGCCAAUUAUUAAGGGAUAAUUAAACAUUUAUGAUCUCCUGAUUUAGGGUACUAAAAGUAGAUUUUAUCUUUAGCGAUCAUGGUGGAUCACAAAAAAAUAGUUUAACUUUUUUUUAUCGAACCCGUAAAAAUUUUAAGUGUUUUCGCCUCUAAUAUAUUUCAAAGUAUAGUUAUAUCUUUUCGACAAAGUACGCAGUGUUAUUAUUUUCAAAUGUGUAAAUUUUAUUAUAGUAUUUAUGAAAGCUUUUCAUUGUUGAAUAUGUUGUUUAACGAAUUGUUAGAAAUAUUACCGUACGCACAUAAAAAUGUUAAACGUAAUGCUUUUCAAGUUUUUAUAUCGGCUAAAUAUGUAAAAAAAAUUUCUUUUUAUAGUC